AUGGCCGAAUCUAGCAAUACACCUCUGGCGUCUUCGGGCCGGAACUGGUCGUACUCCUUCUGGGAGUUCUGGAAUCCCAUUGACACCUGCCUCAUGGCAUGGUGCUGCCCAUGCUUCCUCUUCGGCAAAACCCAAGCACGCCUCGAAGACCCAACCCUGGCCAACUACAGCCCCGUCAACGACAACUGCCUUAUCUUCUGCGGCCUCAACUGCUUCGGCGCCAGCUUCCUCAUCCAAACCAAAAAACGCGACGAAAUGCGCCAGAAGCUUGGCAUCAGCGAGACACACCUCGAGGAGCUGCUGAAGAUGGAGAAGGGCGAUAUCAAGAAGAAGCACGGGGUUGAGGAAGCGCUGGUCGAGGACUGCCUGGCUAGUUUCUGGUGUCCGUGCUGUACGCUCGUGCAGGCGGAGAAGGAGGCUGCCAGGGUUAAAGUUGGGGAGGUUGAGGCGACGGGGUAUAAGAAAACGCAGGGGAUGCAGUAUCCUUAG